GUUUUUCGUUCGAGCGUGCGCAGGGAUAAAGCGGAGGGUUUGUUGUCGUUGGGCAGCGGCGAUUCGGCGCGGGCAGCCGGUUCGUGGUGGCUGUCGGCUCUGCUUUCUCCUUCGCCGUUUCGGACUUGCUUUAGUCGGCACGUCCGCUGAGCCCCGUCGCAAGUUGCUACCCAGCCACAUGGAACGAAGGAUGUCGCCUACUCUGCGUCGCCGACAUGUAUGGAUGCAGCGAGGACCGGGCUGCGCGACUCAGCGUCGAGGAAGCACUUGAGUCCGCACACGCUUUCCGUCAUUAGCGCCUCGGCGCUCGGGGACCGCGGUUGUUGUCAAGCUGCCGGCGGAGGCCGCGCUUUCUACGGCGCGCGGUGUGUUGCCACCACUCACGUUUGUACCGGUUUGCGUGGGUGAUCCGACGCGCAGUUCGCGCUGCGGCCUGUGUUUCACGCUUACGCUCAAAGGCGUUCGACAAUCAAGUCAGCUUCUUGGUACUGCGUCUCCCGUGACUGUGUGACUUUGCCGUGCGCGUGUUUCGUUUGAGUGUCCGCUAUGUUGCGCCCUAGUCAAGUCUUGGUGGCCCUUCUCUUCAACUUGGCGCCGUCGAGCGUCCUCUUCGCUGGUGCCGGCGAUGCUUUCCGUAGCAAGGUACCGCCCGGUACAGUCGAGUUGGAUCUGCUCAAGAUGCUGAACAUCAGUACAUUGCACAAAGGAGUGGGCCGCACCACAGGCCCGAUCUCUAGUCUUCCAGCGUGGAAACUUUACUCCGGUCUGAACGCUGUCCAGAUCCCUCUGGAGCCCGAGUCACGCUUUCAACACCAGCUGGCCAGUAGCGGAGCACUUUCAGCCAUCUUUGUCACCAGGCCCAAUCGCCACAGCGUGGCCACAUUGUUCAGUAUCCACCUACCGGGGAAGAUGACGCCUCUCGUCAGAGUUGCCGUCAAUUUUAGGACCCGGCGCUUUGUGCUGUCUUACACUGUGCCAGACUCUGUAGCCAUGCCUUCGUCAGGCGAAGAUGAAGCAGCUGACAAAGCAAGUAGGCGGGACCUAGACAUUGCAGACGAUAUCAGCGACGCAGAUGGCACUGAGCAGAGGGCCGAUGACGCGGAUGAGGCCUUCCACUUGAACUCUGCUGAUGUGCGACAUGUCAAGUUCAGGCUAGCUUCAGCUAAAGCACUGAAGAAGUCUCAUGGCUGGACUUGGUUUGGUGUCACCUUGACACGAGAAAAAGUAACGUUGUACGAGAACUGUGAGAAACCAGUCGAAAUUGAGCUGGUGCAUUCACCGUUGCUGAGGUUUCCGAGUGAUGCGCUGGUCUACUUUCGCCAAGAACCUGGAUUGAAACGCAAGUUUGUGGGAUCUGUUCAAGUUGCUCGCUUGUACAGUAACCGCAUCACGUCGCGGCCGUGGAAGUGCUCGAGUACGGGCACUGCAAGCUUGGAAGAAUGAACUUGGCAGCCAAUGUUCCGCGAAUCACCCGCCAAGAGCUCCACGUUGUGAUGAGGAGUACCACUCACGCACAUCCUUAUAACAAGAGAUAUGAAGGGAUGUGGGCCACGUUUGAAUGGAGAAUUUGGGUAGUAGUUAUGUGAAUUCUGGUCAAGCGUUGGUCGCUGGGGCCAUUUUUGUGAGCGGAAUUGACAUGUGCCUGCAUUACGAUUUUAAUACAGUGCUUAAGAGAAGAUUACCUAGUUGUAAGUCCUUAUCUUAUAAAUGUGUUCUUUGAGUAGAAUGGGCAACCACAGUGCCAAGGAAGAGAGUGAAUCAUUCCAAUGGCUGCAAGCCAUGCAGAAACAGCUUGACUAAGCAGAGGCUUCUGCUGAACAGUAUUGCAAACAUUGAAGAAAUUGUUGAGUAUUUAGUAUGGUGAAAAUUUUUAUAAGGAAGGUUGUGAAAAUUCCAAGUUACAUUUUCUCUUCGUUGGCAGCGAAAUUGAAGUGCAUAGCAUUAUGUUUAUCUCCUUGUAGUGAUUAUAAAUUGUGUUUUAUAUGUGGAGGCACUGUUAUGCUGCACGCGCGGUGUAUGAAUAUCACAGUAAUGCUGCCUUUAAAUUUUGCUCCAAUGCUAUACCAGUUUUACGCAACUGACAUUGCCUCUUUUUACUCAAGCGUACUAGAAGGAACAAAUAGCAUGUCUCACUUCCUUCUCCUCUCACACAUCUGAUCAGAAAAGUGAGCUGUAUCAACGAAACCCACAAACCAAGGCCUGCUAUCUAGACUCGUAUCAGGUUGUUUGCUGUUUACUGCGGGUUGGCUGAAACUAUUUCGCUGAAACAGUCAUUAGGAGUAAACAUUGUUCUCAGCAUUUCAGUACUGUUUACCAUUUCUUGAUAUCUAACUCACUAGCGGACAUUGUUGGUCUAAGUGUACACAUUUAUCGCCGAAAUCAAAUUCAAUUUUUAAUGAUUGACGAGCCUUUUAUUCUUCGCAUUUAACCCAAACAUGAAGAUUUGCAUAAUGUGCGUGAUUCAGAUAGUAUUAUAACAGGAAGCCUACUGAAAACACUGGAAAUAUGAGCUGUGGAAUCAGAAAAGCCUUUAUCUCAUAAGGCUUACCCUGCAGCUACCACAACAGGAAGUGAAUGCCCAUCACAUAAUUGCCUUCCUAGGGCUGGCGACACGACUGUAGUUUUCAUUGAAAUAACACGUAUGAAUUUUAUUCGUCAAUGUCAGUGUAACUGAAGUUUGUUUUAGUCGAUAGCUUUUAUGAUCACCUUCGUAACUUUCUUCAUAAUUUACUGUGUGGGUAUCUGAAAAACAAAAGAAAGAUCAGUCAGCCAGUAUUUCUAAGGAGACACCUCGCAUAGCAGACUAACUCAUUUGCGAAAGCUUUGCCUGAACAAAUAUCUAGAAUUUGUAACGCCAAUUUACUCCAUGUUUUGCAUGGACUGAAACAGUCACCUAAACAAAGUGGGGAACGCGGGAUUACGAUAGAAAAUCAGACGUUUGAGGAGACAGAGUUGAACCGAGACUGUUCCUCCAGACUGUUUGCUAGCUUUUCGCGUUCUUGUUAAGUGUUAAUAACGAAUCAAGCAGCUAUUUCGCCGUGACAAGUCGUGGGUUUUGGAGGUGUGGCGACCGCCGCUAGCUGGCACCUGUGCGACUCUGGUGUGGUGCACGGUACUCUGCACAUAUUGAGAGUGAUUCAAAGUAAGCCAAUGAGCCGACUUUCCAUGAGCGCUGGAAAUGAUAGCGUGUUGUGCCCUUUGUAUUUAUGAUAGUUAUGUGCUUCGAAGCGCGUGGACAUGCUUGUUUCAGUGGUAAGAGAAGUUUAUGUACCUAAUCGCCCGUGUGAGUGAUCGUCACUUUUAAACGUUCUCUCACUUGGCUUCGUAGUCCUUUUUUUGUGUGUUCGGAAGUUUCUUGGCAGCGGACACUUAUUGUCAUGAAAAAGACUACCUCGAGUCCCCAUUGCCCUUUGUAGGUGCAGGAAUUAAGCUAAAGACUGACUACUUAAGUAUGAGAACAGAAGAGUAAGGCAUAUCUGCGUAUUGCAAGAAGUCAUAUGAAUGUCUGAGAUCAGUUUCUAAAACGGUUGCUUACAGCUUAUUUUUGUUUUCGUGCCAUCGUUUUUUUUUUCACCGUUGUCGUUUCUAACCAAUUGGCGCACACGUGCAAUAGUAAUUUGAAAGGUAUUCGAUGGUUAGGUUAAACGUUUUCUUGCACCGUGAAGUUCGACGGCUGGUUAUAUUUCUGACGAGCUUGUAGCCUUUGUACACAGCACUCGACCAGAAAUUCCUUGCUGAAGUGUGGCAUAUUUAUACUCAUCGUGUGCUAUGUUCCCAUUGCACCUGCGCCAUCUUGCGUAUUCCUCCUCAGGACAGAGGAGGCCUCCACUGAACUAUUAAGGCAGGCAUACCGGCUCGACUUGUGUCACGUUGUACAAAUUGAGGAUCGCGUGUAGGGGAACUCGUGUUGAAGUGAUAACAGCACUGUGGCGUCCCGAAUCAAUGUGUUCUUGUACGUGGUGUAUGUAGUACGUAUUGAAUUGCUUUGAAGGUCAACAGGAAAGCAAGACGGCUUGCCGGAAGAAGUUCUUUCCGGUACAUCGUUUUUUUUUUUUGACGCCGUCGUUAUGCAACGGAUGUAAAACUAGCGUGACUCUUGAACGAUAUUAAAAAACGUACACGACCAAAUGCUUGUGAACUGUCU